GGGCGUGCGGCCCGAGGUGAGGGACCACCGGCGGCAGGCUCACUGCCGGCAGGGCGAGCGAGCCGCCAGCGAAGGACGCGUGCGGGGCGAGGAGCCGCGCGCUGAGCUGCCGCCGCCGCCGCCGCCCCCGACCCCGGCCCGCCCCGGGCUCCGCGCCAGGAGGCGGCGGCCAGGCCGAGUCCCAGCCCGGCGAGCCCGGGGGGACCUCGACGGCACCCAGCCCGGGAAGGGGCCGGAGAGGGAGAAGGACGAGGACGAAGGGCGGCUCGCCGGGGCCCCGGCAAUGGCGCUCGACUUCCUGGCUGGAUGCGCUGGGGGUGUGGCCGGCGUGCUGGUGGGACACCCGUUUGACACUGUCAAGGAACUCAGGUGCCCUCUGACCAAGAAAAGCAUUUCCUCCAGCACAGGCUUCAGGGCCGACCUUAAAAAGUUCUGUCCUUGGGCCUGGUGCAGGUUCAGGCCCCCCUGCCGGCUGGACCUGCUGAGUGACAGUGGGCCAGUCACCUUACUUCUGGGCCCAGACAUUCUCAGCUGCAAAAUGAAUGGAUGGGCAAGACGACCGAGGCCCUGGAGGUGCCUGGCGCCCCACAGGAGAGUGUGUUGGUGAAAUGCUGGUGCUGUAGAGCACGGCUCUCCUCCCGGGUCACUGUAGGCCAGUUUGUGGAGGAGGUGGAAGGGCCACACGGCAGCCCCCAAGUUCCCUGCACAGGCCGUGAGGGAGCCAGUCCACACAACUGCCCGGCCUUGCCCAGCUGGCCACCCAUGAGGCCUGCCCACGGUCUGGAGCGGCCCAGGACAGCCUGGCAGUGUCCACGUUACACUGUGUCUCUAUCUUGUGGUCAUGUGUUGUUAAUGCCUCUUGAAGCUGCCCAGCCAAGAAAUGCCUGGAUUCACCUCCUCAGCCCAGCUUUCCCGAGGCCUCUCUGGGCUGUGACUCGGCCCAGGCCUGGCCAGGCCUUCUGCAGCUCCCACUGGCCCCCUCGGUCAGUCCCCACCGGGCUGGGGAGCACUUUGCCUGGUGCCUCCACCUCCCUCUGAGCUCCCGAGCCCUGACCAGCAGCCCCUCAGUAAUUCGGCUGCAGGAGUCUCUCCACCCCACCGGGUUCCUGCCCCCUGGCCCCCUUCCCUGGAGGGUGGUCUUUGAGGAAAUCCAUUUGUGACCAUUUUUUUUUUUGCCACUGUGGCCCACUGGCAUCACAUCUGGGCAAACCCAUCUUAAAAAGCCAAGUUUUUUAUUAUGAAGGGGGGGAAACCCGCCCCCUCUAGUCAUCGCUGUCACUCAACUCUGUGACCCCUCUUGUCCUGCCCAUGGCCUCACACGACUGCGCUGUGCUGAGUGUGGAGCACACACAUUUGGUUUAAUUUAAUGCUGUAUUGCCAAUGGCCUUAUUUUUUUACUGGCUGUUUUCCAUUAUAAAAGUUAAACAUUCUCAUUAAAAGAAAAUUGGGAAAUAGAGAAACGCAAAUUCUUUCCUUCCACCAGACACAUGCGUUUUCACAUUUUUUGCAUUCCCUUCAGAAUCCCCCUGCACCACUGCCCCCGUCGGCAUGCAGUAUUUUUUAAAUGUGUUUUAAUCAUCAGAUACAUACACAUUUUUUUUUGUUGGCUUUCUACUACAAAAGUAAUGUAGGUUGUAAAAAAAAUUGUAACCAUAAUAGAGACAUACUAACAAGAAAAAAAACACUCCUUCAUAUAGGCUUUCCCCCACCCUUGCUAAUGAUUCUAGUGAAAAACAGAAAUGCACACAGACCCAAAGUAUUCCUUGCUUUUGGCAAAAGUGGGGUCUACUUCCUAGCUCUGCGGUUGUUGUUGUUUUAAUUGAAAUUUAACUCAUGUGGAAGAUGCCCACGUCCUAAGUAUAAAAUCUGUGCAUGGUCCUGAAGCACACGCCUAGGAAGAGGCGGGACAAGGCCAGCCCCCGAGGCCCCGGCUCCCUACGGAACUCCUCCCCUCCUCCAGCCGCCCACCGUCCUAACUUCUGACAACGUGGUCCAUUUUGCCUUUGCUCGAACCUCACCUAAUGGGACCUGUGCUCCGGAACAUGUGAGGGGACACCGUGUUCCGUGUCAGUCCACAUUGCCUCAUGGCCGGGACAUUUGCGGGUCAUUCCUCCAGGCCCUGGGGACCAAAAUUUGAGUCCAAAAUUUGGUUUUCCUCUGUUGUGCUCAAAACUGAAGCCCCAGUCCUCAGACACCGCCUUCACUCGUGUUUCUGUACGAAGGUAGUCUUCAGUCCUGCUUCAAGGGACACGACAGUGAUCAGGGACACUGAGUCCGCUGUCCGGGGCGGGGAGGGGUGGGGAGGCCGGGGGCUGGCGGCGGGGCUCCGCGCCUGGACGCGAUGUUGAAAUGUUGUGUUGUUUUAACGGCCUUUACUUUCUGAGCCAGGGGCGGUCUCCAUCCAUAGCAAAGUGUAACUUUGUUGUAGAUGAGCGUAAGCCUCACCCCGGAGAGCGCUAGUAAGUACAGACCAGGUGAACCCGCUGCUUCUCUUCUCUGUCCCGGCCUGGACCCCACCCCCAGAGUUCCCUCGGAGACCAGCAGGGGACAGGGAGGGUGUGAGGUGAUCCUGGGCCCGGCUCAGGUCCUGGGUGGGGGCCCCGGGUGGAGCUGGUCGAGAAAAAUCAGCCUCCUCUGGAGCAGCGGGUCUUCAUGUUGGGGUCUCCCAGCCCUGUGGGCAGCUGGGAGCCUCGUGGGCUUGUGUGUGAAUGACCGCUUUCCAGGGGUGGGUCCAUCACUCCACAGACAAGAGCCUGUCACCCCAAAAUGGCAAGAACCUCCACGCUAGACAUUACAAGACUUGGGCCACCGGGCCACAUUUCACCCCCAAACCUGGUCCCCCAGACUGCCAGAGACCAGGGGCUCAUCCCAGACCCAGGCGUCAGGAACAAAGGGGAGCGGAGCUCUGGGGUCCCUUGUGGGCAUGAAACAGUAUCCACCCUGCCGCCUGGGGGACCGAAAAUCCCACCCGAGCAGGGGACACAUCCUUUCUGCUAAUAGCCCUCUUAGUGCCAGUGUCGGGGGCCGCCCGAGGAAGAAAAACGCCCCACCAGAGACCUCGGAACAUUGGAGGGAAAAUGAAAAACCUUGAAUCACAAAAAGAACCUGAGCCAGAGCUCAUGGUGGUGAUGUUAUUCAAGUACAUCGAGUGGGUUUGCUUGUCUCUGAAAAUUCACCCCUCCCCUGCCAGGUCCUGGCAGAGCUGGGCAGCCGGGGCGGAAGGGGUGCUGGGGUGAACCGCCACAGGAUGCACGCGUCUGUCAGCUGCUUGUCAGAGCAGCGGCUACCAGCUGUUAAGGUCCUCGUGUGCAGAGAUGGGACUUUUCUUUACAAGACGAUUUCUGUGCGGCUUCAGGUCCAGAGCAUGGAGAAGCCCCAGUACCGAGGGACUUUGCACUGCUUCCAAUCCAUCAUCAGACAGGAGAGCGUGCUGGGCCUGUACAAGGGCCUGGGCUCGCCCCUCAUGGGGCUCACCUUCAUCAACGCGCUGGUGUUCGGCGUGCAGGGGAACACCCUCCGGGCCCUGGGCCGCGACUCGCCGCUCAACCAGUUCCUGGCGGGCGCGGCGGCGGGCGCCAUCCAGUGCGUCAUCUGCUGCCCGAUGGAGCUGGCCAAGACGCGGCUGCAGCUGCAGGACGCGGGCCCGGCGCGCACCUACCGGGGCUCGCUGGACUGCCUGGCGCAGAUCUACCGGCAGGAGGGGCUGCGCGGCGUCAACCGGGGCAUGGCGUCCACGCUGCUGCGCGAGACGCCCAGCUUCGGGGUCUACUUCCUGGCCUACGACGUGCUGACGCGGGCGCUGGGCUGCGAGCCGGAGGACCGCCUGCUGGUGCCCAAGCUGCUGCUGGCGGGCGGCACGUCGGGCAUCCUGUCCUGGCUCUCCACCUACCCCGUGGACGUGGUCAAGUCGCGGCUGCAGGCCGACGGGCUGCGGGGCGCCCCGCGCUACCGGGGCAUCCUCGACUGCGUGCGCCAGAGCUACCGGGCUGAGGGCUGGCGCGUCUUCACGCGCGGCCUGGCCUCCACGCUGCUGCGCGCCUUCCCCGUCAACGCCGCCACUUUCGCCACCGUCACCGUGGUGCUGACCUACGCGCGGGGCGAGGAGGCCCGGCCCGAGGGCGACGCUCUGCCCGCCGCCCCUGCUGCCCCCGCGGGGCCGGCCCUGGCUCAGCCCUCCAGCCUGUGACGCCCGCCCCCCGGCCCGAGGGGCCCGACCUCCCCAGGGGCCGCUUUCCAGAAAUCCAACACAGACAGAAAUUGGCCCCCAGCCCAUCGCCCUGCCCAGACCCCAGAUGCCGUGGGCUGUGGACUCUGUCAGACCUGGGUUGAAUUCCACUCAUCACCUGGGUGACCUUGGCCACCAACUUGACCUCCUCAGUUUUCUCAGCUGUGAAAUGGGGAUCCUCAUACCCACACUGUAGUCACGAAGCUCGGAGAUGGUGCCGUGCAGCGCCCAGCACUGAACCUGCCACUGUUACUUGGCGUCUUCCAGAAACCCAGCCCUUCCCUGGGAUCCCGCGCCACCACCACCACUGGGUCUCUGAUGACCCACCAGAGGGCUACCCAGUGACUCACCACCUGCAAACCCUCCACCUGGCAGAGCUCCAGGGACAUUUGGCCACCUGUCCAGGCUGUGUUAGGGACAGAGUGGCGGCUUGGGUUGCCCCCUGGUGUCAUAGAACUGAGUCCUCUGCCGAAGCACCCCAGCUUCUCCAUAUGGCACUGCUGGGAACGCCCCUACUACUGCCACUCCCCUGGAGGGUGACCUGGGGACCCACUAAGAAGCCAGGGGACCAGGGGCUGGGGUGGGGGUACAGCACAGGCCAGUGGGAGGAGAGCUCAACCGUCAAACAGGCCGUGGCGAGGGGAAGCCUUUGCACACUCUGGGCCUCAGGCUGCCCGUCUGUAAAAUGGGGACGUGGGUCAGCUGGUAUCUGGGGCUCUGGCCCACUCCUGGCCAUCUCCCCAGAGCCUGGUGUUCUGUGAGGCCUGUCAGUGGGCACACGUGUGGCCGGUUUGGGCCCCUCCAGGCCGAGGGGGCUCUGCCUGCGCUCCAGGGGCUGUCAUUAGAAGCUGGUGCUGUGGGGUGAGCUGGGGCAGCCCAGGCACAUCCGGUACGGUGUGGCCAUGUGGCUGUAUGGGGAGGCGAAUGGUUUUGCACAGGUUGGAGGUGACCGUGGCCUCCUUUGCCCUGAGUGGGGCUCAGCCUCCUGGGCUAUGUAACAAGCUCUCCGGGAGGCAGGCGGUACUCGAGGAAGACAAGACUCACGCCUGUGUACAUGGUGUCAUUGUACAGAAACCACCGAGGGAAUAAAGAAUUCUUUGUUUUUUUAA